UUGAAGAUUUAAAUUCGAUUAUCUCGUCAAGCCUAGUCAUUAUUGAAUUUUGAUUCUUAUCUAUAGCUACUUAAUUUCUUAUCCAAAAUUAACACUAGACUGUCACGCCAUUUAUCUGUUAAUAAAUUUGAGUUUUUUUUGAUAAAUUUAUAAUAUUAAAUAAAUAAAAAAAUUAAAAAGGCACGUAAAUUUUUAAGACUUGAAGAUCGUAUUUUUCUGUCACACAUAAAUUCGAGUUUUUUAAGACUUGAAGAUCGAUUUUUUUUUUCUCUCUUUUUUUUGACGGCGGUGUCCCAUCUUCUUCGCUCAGUCAUGGAGGAUUACUCUCUCCCACAAGGCUCAUUUUCUCUGGGAUUCGAUAGCUCCACUCAGUCGCUGAAGGCAACUGUUUUGGAUGCAAGCUUGAACAUUGUAGCUCAGGAAAUUGUUAAAUUCGAUUCCGAAUUAUCGCAUUACAAGACUAAAGAUGGUGUUUAUCGAGACCCUAGUGUUAAUGGUAGAAUUGUUUCUCCCACUAUAAUGUGGGUGGAAGCAUUAGACCUAAUCCUUGAGAGGCUCGAGAAAUCGGGGCUCGAUUUUGGGAAAAUUGUUGCUGUCUCUGGCAGUGGGCAGCAACACGGCAGUGUGUAUUGGAAAACCGGGAGCUUGAGGGUGUUGUCGUCGUUGGACCCCAAAAAACCGUUAGUGAAUCAGCUUGGCGACGCCUUCUCUGUGAAGGAGUCGCCUAUAUGGAUGGACAGCAGCACCACGGAGCAAUGUAAGGCCAUUGAGAAAGCUGUGGGUGGUGCCUUGGAGUUGUCGAGCCUUACUGGCUCGCGUGCCCAUGAGAGGUACACCGGCCCACAGAUCAGGAGAAUUUUUGAGACGCAACCUGAUGCUUAUAAGAAUACAGAGAGAAUCUCUUUAGUUAGCUCCUUCAUGGCUUCGAUUCUUAUUGGGAGCUAUGCUGCUAUCGAUCACACUGAUGGAGCUGGGAUGAAUUUGAUGGACAUAAAGGAGAGAGCUUGGUCAAAAAAGAUUUUGGAGGCCACAGCACCAAGCUUGGAGGAAAAACUCGGGAAGUUAGCGCCUGCAUAUGCUAUUGCCGGUCAUAUCGCUCCUUACUUUGUUGAGAGGUAUCAUUUUGACAAAAACUGUCUAGUCAUUCAGUGGUCUGGUGAUAAUCCUAACAGCCUAGCAGGUUUGACGCUCAACAGUCCCGGGGAUUUGGCAAUUAGUCUUGGUACCAGUGACACUGUUUUUGGCAUUACUGAUGAACACAAGACGUGCUUAGAAGGCCAUGUUUUUCCUAACCCAGUGGAUACAAAAGGAUACAUGGUUAUGCUUGUCUACAAGAAUGGUUCCUUGACCCGUGAAGACAUACGUGACAAUUGCGCGGAUAAAUCUUGGGAUGUUUUCAAUAACUAUCUGCAGCGGACACAACCUCUAAAUGGUGGAAAGUUGGGAUUUUAUUACAAAGACCAUGAAAUUACUCCCCCCCUACCUGUUGGAUUUCAUCGUUAUGUUCUUGAGAACUUCAAAGGAGAUACAUUAGAUGGAGUAAAAGAAUCUGAGGUUACGGAAUUCGAUGCUGCCUCAGAGGUUCGAGCAUUAGUUGAAGGUCAGUUCCUCUCUAUGCGAGCUCAUGCAGAAAGAUUCGGAAUGCCUUCACCUCCAAAACGCAUAAUUGCCACUGGUGGAGCGUCGGCAAAUGACAGCAUUGUCAAUGAAGUAGCUUCAAUUUUCGGGUGCAACGUUUAUAAAAUCCAAAGCUCAGACUCGGCUUCCAUGGGAGCUGCUUUAAGGGCAGCUCAUGGUUGGUUGUGCAGCAAGAAGGGCAGUUUUGUUCCAAUUUCGUCCAUGUAUUCGGGCAAGCUGGAAAAGACCUCUCUCAACUGCCAACUCGCGGCCACUGCUGGAGGCCACGAGCUCGUCUCCAAGUAUGCUUUGUUGAUGAAGAAGAGAGUAGAAAUCGAAAAUCGUCUCGUGCAAAAGCUAGGACGACUGUGAAAACCUUACUUGCUGCACAUGAGAUAUCAAACUUGAGUUGUUAUCUUCUUUUUAGUUUUGUUCAAUUUUGAGGUUUUAAUGAACUUUUUCCAAUAAACCUACUUGUAAGUAUGCAUAAGAAAGUAGUUAAUAUGGCAGCAUCGUGUUUCA